CGGAACUACAGCCACGUCGCCAGGAGUGAUCAUUCCGUGAAGCUGUCUAGGUGAUUUGCAGACUACAGAAUGACACAGUUUGAAAAGGUGUCCCAGCGUUCCGUGCAACACCCGAAACCGGUCGGACUGGUUCUGCAAUAUGGCACUGCCGGGUUCCGUACAAACGCAAAACAGCUGGACCACAUCAUGUACCGGAUGGGCUUGUUGGCAGCGCUGAGGUCCAAGAAGACCAAAAGCACCAUCGGUGUGAUGGUUACUGCCUCGCAUAACCCAGAGGAGGACAACGGGGUCAAGCUCAUAGACCCCAUGGGGGAGAUGGUGACCCCAGCGUGGGAGGAGUACGCCACACUGCUGGCCAACGCUGAGCAGGAGGGCCUUCUGGCUGCCCUGAAGGACGUCAUCGAGAGGGAGGCGGUCAACAUGAGUCAGGAUGUCAGCGUCUUCAUAGGAAAGGACACCAGGCCCAGCAGUGAGGGUUUGUCCCAGGCUGUGUUAGACGGAGUCUCCUCCCUGGGCGGUCACGGUCAUGACUAUGGCCUGGUGACCACGCCUCAGUUGCACUUCAUGGUGUGCUGCCAAAACACGCAGGGUCGCUACGGCACUCCCACCAUAGAUGGGUACUACCAGAAACUGUCGAAGGCAUUCGUCCAGCUCACCAAGCACGCCCCGAACCGGACAGACGACCAGAAGCACCUCCUGGUGGACGGCGCCAACGGGAUCGGCGCCCUCAAGCUGCGGGACAUGGAGCCCUUCCUCCAGAAGGAGCUGCAGGUCUCGCUCUUCAACGACGGCAGCAGCGGGAAGCUGAACUUCCAGUGCGGGGCCGACUACGUCAAAGUCCAGCAGCGGCCUCCGCAAGGAGUACGGAUGAGUGCAGGAGAGCGGUGCUGUUCGUUUGAUGGGGACGCAGAUCGGAUUGUGUACUACUACAAUGACUCGGCUGACCAGUUUCACCUGCUGGACGGAGACAAAAUCGCCACCCUUAUCAGCACUUUCCUGAAAGAGCUGCUCAAUCAGGCUGGACUGGACCUGCGGGUUGCUGUGGUGCAGACGGCAUACGCUAACGGCAGCUCAACGCAAUACCUGGAGGAGACCAUGAAGGUGACGGUACGCUGUGUAAAGACCGGUGUGAAGCACCUCCACCACGCUGCACAGGAGUUUGACAUCGGUGUGUACUUUGAGGCGAACGGCCAUGGCACAGUUUUGUUCAGUAAAGCUGCAGAGGAGAAGAUCCAGCAGCUUGCUCUGGACCCCAACACCAACGACGAGAAGAAGAGCGCCGCCCGUUUGCUGGAGAGCACUGUCAACCUCAUUAACCAGACGGUGGGUGACGCCCUGUCGGACAUGCUCCUGAUCGAGGCCGUGCUGGCCAUCAAGGGCCUGACCAUUCAGCAGUGGGAUGCUAUCUACACUGAUCUGCCCAACAGACAGCUCAAAGUCAAGGUGGCGGACAGGAGGGUGAUUGACACGACGGACGCAGAGAGACGAGCGGUCAGCCCCGCUGGCCUGCAAGACACCAUCGAUGCGCUGGUGAAGAAGUACAAGAUGUCCAGAGCAUUCGUCCGUCCUUCCGGUACUGAAGACGUGGUCCGAGUUUAUGCUGAAGCUGACACUCAGGAGAAUGCUGAUGCCCUGGCACAUGAAGUGAGCGUUGCAGUGUACAGGAUCGCCGGGGGAGUGGGAGAAGAGCCAAAACCAUUACACUGACAUUAAACACACACACACACACACACGUGUGUUCACAUAGGAUUAUGCUCACACGCUCAUGUACACAGAUAACACAAAUGUUGAUAAAUGCAAUUAAACACAUGCACGUGCACAUACACACACACACACACACACACACAAACUGACCUGCCACGGCAUAUAUACACAAUUAGAGGAACAAUUGCAAUCAGUCAAGUUAAUAAUUUCCUUCUUUGGAAUCUGGAAUCUUACUGUGUGCAGCUGCCUGUUUACCUGUGGUUGGUGUGGGAAUCCCUCUCUGCAGCUGCUAUUCAUAUCUGUCUCCACACACACACAUACACAUACACACACAAAC